AUGGUCCGCUUUACCCUCCUCUGCGUAGCGGUCAUCACCGCCUUCUUUGCCGGAGCUGAAGCUGGCCUCUGUCGACCUUCAACGACGGCCGUGACCAGCGCUGCCGUUACUACGACUACCUCAAUAGAUGCCACUACUACCCUCGCGGCAACCACCACCACUGUUGUGCUAGGCUACGUCGAAACGCAGUUGUUUGUUAACCCAGGCUUUGAUGAUUCCGACAGCGGUUACGCGCCAUGGACUGGGAACGCUGUCAUAAUUCAACGAGACCCUCAAGCCGGCACUCAGGCUUUGUACAGCCCAGAUAUACAACAACGGUCAAAGCAAUGCCAGAGGCUACGUCAAGCAGACCCUGCCGAAUCUGAACGGCGAAUACGAAUUCUCCAUUAUUACCGGGUUGUUGUUGCCAGGACUGGUCUCUCCCCUACGUGUGAUCUCCAGAUCAAGAUCGGGGGAGAUACGACCGUUCCCGCCAAUAUCGACUUAGUCGUUGGCGAUUGGAAGUCAGGUAGCUUGUCCUGGUCUAGUGCAGGCGAGACUAUCGCACAGGCGGAUGUGGAGCUUGCCGUAACGUGUAGAGGAGACUACGACAGAAUUCAAAUCAAUCUCGACAGCUUUGCAUUCACGCGGGUUUGCAGCGCCUAG